AUGCUGUUGGACGUUGAGACACUGAAGAAGUCGUCGAUCAUCGACCCAAGUAUAGAGGAGUUCGCCAAGAACAAUCCUGCGCCUCCGAUCGAUUGGAACAAUGCUUCAGGAAUGAAAGCCAUCAUGGCGGCAAUGUCGCAGCAAUCUCAAGAUUUGCUCGGCCCGCCUGAGUCCUCCAUCAUCGAAGUGUACAAGGAUAUUCCAAUGCGGGAUGGCUUCCAAAGCACGAUAAAGAUCGCCAGGCCAGCAACGACCCCGGCAGCUGGCAGCCCGCUGAUCGUGUUCUUCUUCGGUGGAGGCUUCGUUGGCGGCGACAUGGAAGCAGGCACUCCAUUUGCUCGCGCCUGGGCUCGACUGUUCGGUGCCGUCACUGUCUGCGUCUCAUAUCGGCUGGGACCGGAGUACAAAUUCCCGGCCAGCUGGCAUGACAGUAUCGACAGUGUUAAAUGGAUCGCUGAGCACGCGAGUGAGCUUCACGCCGACCCGUCGAAAGGCUUUCUCAUGUCUGGCAUCAGCGCCGGCGGCAACUUGGCGGCUGUCAGCACAUUGGCAUCGAUCAGUGAAAAGUUUGCUCAUCCGGUCACUGGACAAUGGCUGUGCGUGCCAUCCCUAAUGGACGCAGACUCGGUUCCAGAGAAGUUCAAGCCGUACUUCCUUUCCUUGGAGCAUAACAAGGAUGCUCCGAUUCUAUCUGCAUCUGCGAUGGAAGCCAUCAAGACGCACCUCGAGUCGGACUCGACUUCGGCGUUACGGUAUCCGGUCCUCAACAAGGAAGUUCCGCUGGAGAAGAUCCCUCCGACUUUCCUCCAGGCAGAUGGUCUCGACCCGCUGCGAGACGACGCAUUGAUCUACGACGAGAUGCUGAAGGAAGCCGGAGUCGAGACUCGCAUCAACUUCUACCCCGGCUGCCCCCACGGCCAUUUUGCGUUCUUUCCAGGCCUAGAGAUCUCGAACAAGGCCGUAGCGGAUGUCAUGACGGGCGUCGGCUGGUUGCUGAAGAAGCAGAUCUCGCCCGAGCAAGGUCUGGGCGCAAUGGUUCCUGCCGCUUGA